AUGGAGGGAUUGCGCGAUGUAGCAAAAAAAGUGUAUCUUACUGUGAAAGGGCGAGGGACGUCGGGGCCAACACACACGAAGCAAGCGCACACGAAGGCAGUGACGGGAAUCGCAUUUUUCAAAGACGGUCGACGAAUCGUCACUGCUUCAAGGGAUAAAACCCUGCGAAUCUGGGAUGUGGAGAAAAGAGCAUUCAUAGGAAGGUCAUUUGAGGGACACAUACAUUAUGUGACUUCAGUCGCUAUAUCACCAGACGAUAUGCGAAUUGCGAGCGGUGGAGAUGAUGAUACCAUUAUCAUCUGGGACGUCGCUAGCAAGCAGAUGGUAUUAAGGCCGCUGGUGAAACAUGCAGACCAGGUGUCCUCUGUGUGCUUCUCCCCCGAUGGAACGAGACUUGCCAGCGGGUCAUGGGAUCAAACAGUUAUUAUAUGGGAUGCGGAGACUGGCGUUGUACUCUCAAUAAUCGAGGAAAAUCUACGGAACAUUGCCACCGAUGACGUCACAUUUCUACUCAACAUCAACGCUCAUGGCGAUUGGGUUGAAAGUGUUGUGUGGUCGUUCGAUGGCCAGCAACUUGUCUCCGCAUCCGGCGACAGAACAAUCAAGUUUUGGAACUCCUCGAAUGGGUUCCAGAUUGGUCUACCUUGUAUUGGUCACAUUUCCUACAUUAGGUCACUUGCCAUUUCUUCUGAUGGCUCCUUCAUUGCCACUACCUCACGCGAUAAGACCGUGCGCCUGUGGGACACACAGUCACACCAGCAGAUUGGACAGGCACCUGAACACACCGCAUAUCUUGAUUGCGUUGCAAUUUCUCUCAAUGGAGAACUGAUCGCAAGUGGAGACUCUGAUGGGAAGCUUCAGCUGUGGUCCAUCAAGAACUCGUUUGAGAUGAAUCCCUCAUACUUUGCACAUAGCAGUAAGGUCAAGUUGGGCCAAAUGUUGUAUGCGGAAGCACUUUUAGACGCAGAAAAGGUCAUUGAGCUCAACCCUUCAUCUUAUGUCGGGUACGAACUGAAGCUUGCAGCGCUUCGUGGAGCGCAACGCUAUGAUGAUGCAUUCGAGGCCUUCACAAUCAUGCUCUCCAAGUUGGAUGAUCCACUCGACCCAGAGAUACUACAGCUACGCCAGCAAUACGUGAGACCAUCUGAAGUAGAAGACGCCAUUCAACGAGCCAUACACGCCCAACUGGAAAAUGCUCCUCUUCGUCUAAUCAACACUUCUACUGGACGCUUGUGCAAUCGAGAUGCACAGAUAAAUGCAUUCACGGAGAGUAUAGAGCAUAAAGAGCUUUUGCAUUCAUUGGUGAUGCAUGCGCCCCUCCGAAUGGAGCUCAUCGAGGAAGCGGUCAUCAAGCACUUCAGUUGGGUCAUGCUGUCCCAUAGGUGGGAAAGGAAGGAGCCGCUACUGCACGACAUUCAAGACAAGGUCAUAUAUGACUUGGAUCCUGUCGGAACCAUCGUGAAGUUGCAGAAAUUUUGCAAGGUUGCACACAAUGCAGGAUAUCGUUGGGCGUGGAGCGAUACAUGUUGUAUUGACCAGAACAACAAUGUAGAGCUUCAGCAAUCAGUCAACUCCAUGUUCGUCUGGUAUCACUACUCAGCGCUCACUGUUAUCUACCUAUCUGAUGUCCCCCACUCGUCAAAGUCGGGCGCGCUUGCAAACAGCAUCUGGAAUACGCGAGGAUGGACCGUUCAGGAGUUUCUCGCUCCCAAAAUCGUUAUCUUCUACCAGGCAGAUUGGACCCCAUAUCUCAACAACUUCUCACACAACCACAAGCAAUCUCUCAAUAUCAUGGAUGAAUUAGAGCAUUCAACUGGCAUCAAUGCGCGGGCGCUCGUCGACUUUCGUCCAGGGACAAGAGAUGUCCGAGAGAAACUCCGAUGGGCGUCAAACCGUGACACCACGAGGGAGGAAGACAUUGCCUACUCGCUGUUCGGCAUCUUCGAUGUCACCCUUCCUGUCAUCUAUGGAGAAAAAAGACAAAAGGCGCUCGGACGACUCUUGCAGGAGAUUAUAGCCCAUUCGGGCGACAUCACGGCCCUGGAUUGGGUGGGACAAUCAUCCAACUUCAACAGUUGUCUCCCAGCUGAGAUUUCCUCAUACAAGGCUCUGCCGUGCAUGUCACCAUCUAUAUCUGAAAACUACAUGCAGAAUUCGGUCUCCAUGCUGCCAGACAGUAUUGUGGCUAUUGCAGAGUCAGCUUCGAAAUUGUAUACCACUCUUGAGAACCUCAGCGUUCCUCGUUUCGCAAACGCCAGGUUGCAAUUGCCCUGCAUCACAUUUCCUCUCACAGAAGUCAGGCAGAGGCCCAAUGAAGACCGGAAUGGAUGUUCCACUUAUGACGUCAAGGCAAACGGUCUACAGGACCUGCGGGUCACAACGGAAGACAAGCUAGUUGAAUUCUGGCCUACAAGACGUACUCGGCAGACAUUCCUGCUCGUUCGUCCAUGGAAUCGGUAUGAUCUCGGGCUGAUCGACUUUACAGACGAGACGCAGAUCGUGGAAGAUUUGCCAAAUUCUGGAUCUCUUGGAUAUAACGAGCCGACUAUGCGAGAGUUGCGGUUGAUCGUUCGCCUCGGACAGCCUUUUGCCGCACUUUUGCUAGCGCAGCAGUGGGGUGGGGAGUAUAGAGAAUUGCUUCGGAUAACAAUAUCAUUGCACAAGUCAGGGACAUGGCAGCUGUUGAUGACAUGAUGGACAUCAGGAUGCUGGAAAUAUUGUAGCUUCGGAGAACGGGAUAUUUUCAUUUCAUAUCUUCCACAUGAACAAUAUCAUCUCGUAUACAAACAGGUGUCUAGUUGUCGUAUGUACAUGGUGCUGGUGAUAAGCAUUGGCACUAUGUCAUGAGAUACCGUGGCAGCCUGAGAAAAUCAGUUGUAAAGCCUGUCCAACGUUCGAUGCCGUCGCCGUGACCAUGUCGCUUUCUUCUCACUAUGCUCCUUGUCCAACUUAUCGUCCUCAUAGUCGUCAUAGACAUAGUUUGUU